GAUCUACCACUACCACCACCACCGCCGCCGCCGUCAGCAGCUGACCACCACAACCACUACAACUAUGGCCUCUUAUUUCGGGAUCGACAAAAUAUUCAAGGCCCUUAGGAUCAUUAGGGACCAUGGGGGCAUCAGGGCGUCUCUAUACCAGCUAUACAGGGUGGAUGACCUGAAGGAUGGCACUUUGGUGGGUGAAGAUGCUAUGGGCAACAAAUACUAUGAAAACAAACAGCUGACUUUGGGCCGCAAUCGGUGGGUCAUCUACAACCCGAGUGUCGGCACUGACUACGACGGCUCCAUGGUGCCAGCCGAGUGGUUUGGCUGGCUGCACCACAAGACUGACCAGCCCCCAACCAAGGUGGCCCCCACUUCCUAUGGCUGGCAGAGUGGACACCAAAUGAACGUGACAGGCACUGCAGAUGCUUACAUGCCCUACAGCACCACCAAGCCCAAGGUGGAGGCAUGGACUCCUCCCAAGGCAGCAUAGAACUUAGCCCUUCAUCUCACACUCUCAUCCUAUCCCUCUCUACCAAGACUAGACUUAGACUGGGUGGUUUGCUGUGUUCCUUGGUGUUGUCUACCAGCUGUCCUCAGAGUUCUGUGUAGGAUAAGUAGGAUAAGGAGGAGAAAGAAAGGGUGAUUGGUAAAAUUUUUGUAUUGUCUGUGGAAAAAUUCUUUGAAGCAUUUUUAGGUGAUGAAGAGAUGCUGUGUUGCAUUGUGUUGUGUGCUGUGCCAGAAUGAGGAAGUAAUUGACAGAUGUGUAUAUGAAGAAUAGGCUGAAGGCAAGUCUAGCACCAAACUGAUCUAACCUAGAACUGACAAUCACCCAAGACUGAUAUGACUGCAUAAACUACUAUUUGUCAUCAAAGCAGAAAAGAUACUGUUGUUUUCUUUGGUGGUGAUUGUCCUACAUGGAGAGUUGAAGGAUGCUGGCUAUGACAACUAACAGAUAAAAGGAAAAUUGCAAAUGUAAAUAUGUACAAUAAAAAUAAUAAAAUGGUUUAUGUUAAAAACUUUA